AUUUAUCCAGGCUGUUUUCCCGCCCGUACUUGGAAGGGGGGGGGGGAUUUCUCUGAAUGUGAUUGGCUGGCCAGGGAAAGGGUGAGGAAAUGGAAGCUGCAGUGCUUGUGAAACUGUGUGUUCUGGCAGUCGGUCCUCACAGCUGGCUGAGUCCUCCUCCCCCCCCCGCCACGUGCUGCUUCUCCCACUCUCUGAAGUAUCUUUUCACCUCAGUGUUGGAGCCUGGCCAGGAGGUGCCCAAGUUCACCACUGUGGGGUAUGUGGAUGACCAGGCCUUUGUUCACUAUGACAGCAGCACCAGCAGGAGGAUGUCUCCAGUACCCUGGAUGAAGAAGGUAGAGGAAGAGUUUCCCCAGUUCUGGGAGAAGCAGACUGAGGUCGCAGAAGACCUUGAGGAAGUGUACAGAAUUAACCUGGCAAAAGCCAUGUAUCGCUACAACCAUAGUGGAGGGUCACACAUUCUGCAGUGCAUAUCUGCCUGUGAGCUGGACAAGGAUGGGCACAAAAGCGGGACUUUUCAGUAUACCUAUGAUGGGAGGGACUUCAUCAGCCUGGACAAAGACGCCCUUGCCUGGGUUGCAGCUGAUAGUCCAGCCCUAGAGACCACAAGGAACUGGGAGUCUGACCCCCGCAUUGCCCAGCAACUGAAAUUCUACCUGGAGGUGACCUGCAUUGAGUGGCUGCAGAAGUACCUUAAUUAUGGGAAGGAGGUUUUGCUGAGGACAGAGAGGCGGCAACGGCACGGACCCUACACAGCAACAGCAACAAGUGAGCAGGAGUCUCCCAGCUCUGGCAGAGCAACUGAGCAGGCGUCUCUCAGCUCUGCUACAGCAAGCAACGAGAGGCUGCCAGCUUUGUCAGAGGUGAACAGUGUCCAAUAUGUAGCAAGGGAUGCUGAAGCAUAUCAUUUUGAAAAUGUACCCAUCAAAGUCAUAGUUACAUCCCCAGAAACUGCCCAGAGGAUCAGAUAUCAACUUUGACUUGAAGAUGUCGCUCCAGAGGUGGCUCUCUCUCUUUUUAAAGGAAGCUUUGUGGACUCUUGGAAAGGUGGCUUUGAUAUAGAGCACAGUUUCUCAACUGCCGGUCCACGGACUGGUGCCGGUCCGCGACGGGUUAAGUGCCGGUCCGUGCCUUGGGGAGUUAACUCCCCCACCUGCUGCAAACCUCCGUGUUGUAAAAAAACCCCAAAAACCUUCAAAUACCAGCCACCGCAUGGCCGAUGUGAUGGCUGGGGAUGGCUGCCGGGUGGGGGGUGAGCCAGUAGUAGUCCGUCUGCCCCCCUGCCCCCACUGCGAACCUCCGUGUUAUUAAAAAAAAAUAAUGGCAAUGGAAGGCAAGCGGCAAACAGAGCAAGGUGCGGCGCAGUGGGGUGGUUCUUUCCAUCAGUGCGAGCUUUGUUUACCUAGCCUAGGGAGAUUUACCUAGCUGAUGAAUAUAGCCACAGGUUGUGACAAGAGUGUUGGCAACUGACUGGGACAAGCGACAUUUCUAACCCUCCAAGCUGCAGGCUCAGCGUGGUUCAUAGCAACCCUGGCUCUUUUACUGUGGCACUAUUGCUUCCUAGGAAUUGCAGCGGGUGUGGGUGGGGUAGGAACCUCCGUCAGCCACCUCUGAGGCAAGUGAUAAUCCAGUGAGCACUCUCAGUUUGCAGAACGAAGGGAUCCGUGGGUGAGUUGGCACUUGCUCCCCAGCAUUUAAUUUAUUGCCAAAGUGAGCAGGCUGUCUGGGAUCAAUGGAUUCAAGUCAGCUCGAGGUGUGCAAUACAAAAGGGACUAGAAUCAGGUGUACAGGUGUUCAGCAACCACCAGCGAUGGAAACCUGAUGCAUCUGUCCAGGGAGAGGGGCAGAGCAGUGGGCAAGCCGUAACUGGGUUGGUCUGCAAGGGAAUUAGCCCCCAAGGAACUUGCUCUUGGUAACCUGAACCCAACCCAAACAAGUCGCCUUUUGAGAUGAGCUCUAAAACGUCGCCCUGGGCAAAUCCAGGCAUCUCUCAUUUCAUUAGGCAGCUACUCCUCAAGCCAAGCCUACCUAUCCUCUUUCCAUCUCUUCUUUCUUUCUCUCCCUCUCUCCCUUCAAGCCUGCUCCAUCCCCUUUUCCAUUUUCUAUCCCUCUGUCUCUCUUUCUCAAGCCAAGCCUGUCCUAUUCUUUUCCUCUUUCUUUCCCUGUCUCACUCCUCUCUUUCCUUCUUAUAAAAGCCUGCGUAGUGAAGGAUCAAAGUAUAAUCUUCUUAUCAAAAAUUAAGAGAAAAACUUCUCUAAUUUUUUUCAUUAGAAGUGCUCCGUGUUAAGUGUGAUGACUCAAUGUGCGGCAGCUGUUAAAAAGGCCAAUUCCAUGCUAGGGAUAAUUAGGAAGGGGAUUGAAAAUAAAACUGCUAAUAUUAUAAUGCCCUUCUACAAAACUAUGGUGCGGCCACACCUGGAGUACUGCAUACAAUUCUGGUCACCACAUCUUAAAAAGGACAUUGUAGAACUGGAAAAGGUGCAGAAGAGGGCAUCCAAAGUGAUCAAGGGCCUAGAGCACCUUUCUUAUGAGGCAAGGCUACAACACCUGGGGCUUUUUAGUUUAGAAAAAAGACAACUGCAGGGAGACAUGAAAGAGGUCUAUAAAAUCAUGCAUGGUGUGGAGAAAGUGGAUAGAGAAAUUCUUCUCCCUCUCACAUAACACUGGAACCAGGGGUCAUCCCAUGAAAUUGAUUGCCAGGAAAUCUAGGACCAACAAAUGGAAGUACUUUUUCACACAACACAUCAUCAACUUGUGGAAUUCUCUGCCACAAGAUGUGGUGACAGCCAACAACCUGGAUGGCUUGAAUAGGGGUUUGGAUAACUUCAUGGAGAAGAAGUCUAUCGUCGGCUACUAGUCGGAGGGCUAUAGGCCACCUCCAGCCUCAAAGGCAGGAUGCCUCUGAGUACCAGGGGAGUAACAGCAGGAGAGAGGCCAUGCCCUCAACUCCUGCCUGUAGGCUUCCAGUGGCAUCUGGUGGGCCACUGUGUGAAACGGGAUGCUGGACUGGAUGGGCCUUGGGCCUGAUCCAGCAGGGCUGGUGAAUUCUGCUUCACAAUGAUAGGAAGAGCCGACAUAUCGUCACGUUUAGGGGGGAUUCUGACUUAGCGGCUGUUCUUAUGUUUUUUAUUUGGCAGAGGUGGAAAGGAAGAACAAUGCAUUUUAUUGUUAUGUAUUUUGUACAGAUUGUAUUGUAUUUAUUUUAUUAGAAUUUUUAAUUCAAUUUAUUUUAUUUUAAUUUCAAUUAAUCUUGGCCUGCCAGAACUUCAAACGUUAAAUUUUGAUUAAAUUCAUUUUAAUUUCACUUUAAUUUGAUUUAAUAGAUUGAUUGAUAUUAAGUGUUACUUUAAUAACCAGCACCCUAAAAAUUGACCUCGGCCCCCAUGAGCCAAGUCACGGUCAGUUUUGGCCCACCAGGUCAUUUGAGUUGUGCACGCCUGUAGUAUAGUACUAAUAGAUAAACUUGAAACCCCUUUACUAACUGCUGGUCCGGGAAACUGCACACAAAGAAUGUAGCGGUCCUUGAAACUCCACAUGAAGAAUUUACCGGUCCUUGACACCAAAAAAGUUGAGAAACACUGAUAUAGAGUGAACCUGAGCGAAGCUGCUGGAUACACAUUUGGUGCCAAAAGAGAAGCAGGCUUCUUUUGUAUCAGUAGCUGCCUCAUGCAAGUAAUCUGAACUGGUGAUGAACCCACCCUGAACUCUUUGCAUACUUAAUGAAGCCAAAAUCUGGAUGGAGCAAACACAUAGCUGCUUGCAUAGGCAAGAGGAAAGCAGGCUUUCUUGGGGAUCAAACCACUACCUUACACAAAUUCAGCCAGUGCAAGUAACUUGAAGGGUUGCACCCACCACCCUGACUUCUUUGUGUACUUAAUGAAGCAGGAUUCCAGAUGGAGCAAGCAGGGGGGUCUUCAACCAAAAGAUUGUCCCUCAAUACCUGAGCAUCCUCACCCUAAAAGGCAAUCAAGAUGAGCUCCAGCCCUGCUAAUUAGACCUGACAAACUAGUCUUGGGAGCCAUCUGAAUGAUGACCACCCCACCUACACAUUUCCCCCAGAUCCUUAACUAGACGUUUCCAAAUUAUCUUUUGCAUUCCUUAGACUUUCCCACCUUUGCAGCCUCUGCUCGGUGUGGUGGUUUGCUAGAAAACGCUGUCAAUCGAGGAAUUGAAACUUGGGAACCUCCUCGGGAGAGAAUUCCUAAGGGAGGAGCUUUGGAAUGGAUUGAAUGGGUGGCUAUAAAAUCCAUUUGGAGUCAAUUGACAGAUGCAGAUGAUAUGUGAACCAAAGUAACUCCAUUUUGUUUUCGUCUCCAAUUUAAUGUAGAUAGAUGUAUUCUUGUUAGUUAGAGGUUUGAACUUUCUAAGAACCUACAGGGGCCUCUGCUCUGCAUUCCUGAAUGUAUACAGAUUUUCACACUCCCUGUGUUCUAAUAACAAAGAACAAGGCCUUCGGCCUUGAACAUAACGGAUGAGCAGAGGUGCCAUCUCGAAUGUAAUUCAAUUAUAACAAGUUGGUGCUAAGAUUCUCAAAGAACAACAAAAGGCAGGAACAAGGUCAUAAAUGCCAGUUGGGCCUGGAUCUUCUCUAUUGGCCCUUCUACGUGUUAUUUCUCUAGUCCCCUGCCAACUGGGCAAAGAGGCACCUUUUACUGUGGUGAUUCUCUUUAUUUAGCAGGGGGAGAGUAACUGGCCCUAUCCACCCCCAGCACAGUACUUCCAGUGACUGUUGCUGGUGUGUGUCUUAUGCUUCUUUUUAGAAUGUGAGCCCUUUGGGGACAGGGAGCCAUCUUAUUUGUUUGUUAUUUCUCUUUGUAAACCGCCCUGAGCCAUUUUUGGAAGGGCGGUAUAGAAAUCGAAUUAUUAUUAUUGUUGUUGUUGUUGUUGUUGUCAUCAAAUGGCAGAGAGGGUUGGGGGAGAAAUGCUAAUGUUGGGGUAUAAAUGCUUGUAACAAACAAAGGACUUGGCUCUCGAUUUGGGUGCGACCUCGAUAGCCUGACUUUCUGUAGAAAUAAACUUUUAAGCUUU